CCGAGUACAGGGGCCAUCAAAGCCAUUGACUUUGCAUGGGCAUGGCUUUCAUUCGUCCGACUACUUGGUGGUUGCGCAGUCGAGCCAACACAGAUUUGGUUUCGUCCAACGUCUAUCUGAUUGUCGCGAGGACAUCGGCAUUAGUGCGCUACGGCUGCAAGCCACCACAACCAUCUGGGUGAGCAGAUGCGAACGAUGCAGCAAUUAAUGACAGCUGGUCUAUUUGCGAAUGCCUCAUGUUGAUGAGAGACUCCUACGUCAUUGCACGGUCCAAGCUCCUGGUCCUUGUUUGGGGCUUGGGCUUCAAUAAGGUACCUAGAACGUGCGCCCAAAGUUUGCAGCAGCAUAAUAACAAAAGCAGUACGGAGUACGAAGUACUAACUAAGGUACUGAGAGUCGAGAAAGGAGCACUCCGUACUGGAUACUGGAUGGGCAAGCUUGUUGAAUCAUGCAGCCUUGAAGCGCAUGGAUUCUUGAGCCUCUUGACCAACAUCCUGGAUCCAGCAAGCAACGGCGGGUCUAUUUUUUCGGCUGGUCUGCCUUUCUGGUAACUUGGAAGCAACUUGGGUGCUUGGGAAUUGUGAUUUGGUGGUUACGACUCGCUGGCGCCUUUCCGGGACUCCAGCAAGAGGCCUGCGAUUUGUUCUCGUCACGCCGUCACUUUGGCUCAAGGGCCCUUGUCCACGUGCUCCAUAUAAUCGCGUGUUGCUGCCAUGCU